CCAAGGCACUCGAAUCCCAACUACGGCCGCCACCGCCUUCCCCAGCGGCAGGUGGCAGGAGCGGGCGGCCCCGACUUUCCUCCCUCUGCGGCAGCGGAGGCCGUAGCGGAGCCGGCACAGAGGUACUCGGAGUAGCUGCUGCUGUUGGUGAUGCAGAGUUAGCUCGGGAGGGGCGCGAGGGCUCCCCUUCUGCUCUCGUAUCCGCACGAGGCUCCGACGGCAGCAGCGCUGCUGCAGUGGGAAAGGCGAAGUCGCGGAGCGGUGAACGUGGGGCGCGGAGAAGGGUGCGCUGCUGCCGAGACGUUCGUCAGUUGGUUCUGCCGCGCGGAGACGCAAAUUCAUGAAUCGCGUGUCAGGAGGACCAUUAAUGUCAUUUACAAAAUAGCUAGAUGCAGCAGCGCAAACUGCAAGGACAAAGACAUUUGCAUCCAUAUUUAGAUACAUUCAAAAUGUUGUGUGGCAGAAAAAAAUCCUACUUCGCUGGUGCUGUGUGCAUUAUAACACUAACAUCAAUGGUCACGUUUUCUUAUCUUAGAUUACAGAGACUUAUUCACCUGCCAAAAAUAGUACAAGAAGGUAGUAGGUGUAGAGGGGAAACUGCAAAUAGCACAAUAACACCCUUAAAGGAUAACAGAACUUUUAUCAUCUCCCCAUACUUUGAUGAUAGAGAAGGCAAAGUCACACGUGUGAUUGGGAUUGUUCACCAUGAAGAUGUCAAAGAACUAUACUGCUGGUUUUGUUGUCAGCCCCUUGGAAAGAUAUACAUAUCAAAGGCAGAAAUAGAUGUUCACUCGGACAGAUUUGGAUUCCCCUAUGGUGCUGCAGAUAUAGUUUGCUUGGAACCUGGAAACUGUGAUCCAACACACGUAUCAAUUCAUCAGUCUCCACAUGGAGAUAUUGACCAGCUAUCGAGGUUUGAAAUAAAAAACCGCAAAGCAGAGCCCUUCUCUGCUGACUUUACAGUAUGCAUCUCUGCCAUGUUUGGAAAUUACAACAAUGUCUUACAGUUUAUACAGAGUAUGGAAAUGUACAAGAUUCUUGGGGCACAGAAAGUGGUGAUCUACAAGAACAACUGCAGCCAGAUGAUGGAGAAAGUCCUGAAGUUUUAUUUGGAAGAAGGAACAGUAGAGGUAAUUCCGUGGCCAAUAAACUCAUAUCUCAAGGUUUCUCCUAAAUGGCGCUUCAUGCAAGAUGAAACACACAUUGGCUACUAUGGACAAAUCACAGCUCUAAAUGACUGUAUAUACCGCAACAUGCAGAGGAGCAGGUUUGUGGUUCUUAAUGAUGCUGAUGAAAUAAUUCUUCCCCUUAAGCACUCAGACUGGAAAACAAUGAUGAGCAGUCUUCAGGAGCAAAAUCCAGGAACUGGUGUUUUUCUCUUUGAGAACCAUAUCUUUCCAGAAACAAUUACCACUCCCAUGUUCAACAUUUCAUCUUGGAACACUGUGCCAGGUAUUAACAUACUACAGCAUGUUCACAGAGAGCCUGACAGGAAAGAGGUAAUCAAUCCUAAGAAAAUGAUAGUUGAUCCAAGAAAGGUGAUUCAGACUUCAGUCCACUCUGUCCUACGUGCUUAUGGGAUGAGUGUGAAUGUUCCAAUGGAUGUUGCCCUCGUUUAUCACUGUCGCGUGCCCCUUCAAAGUAACCUUCCCAGAGAAUCUCUCAUCAGGGAUACGACAUUGUGGAUAUAUAACUCAUCAUUAAUCAUGAAUGUUAACAAAGUUCUCUAUCAAACAGUACUGUAAGCUCAAAAGUGAAACUUUGUCCACAAAAAUCAAAGGUGGGGAGUUGCCUGUGCCCCAGGGAGGCAUAGGAUAUCAUUCAAAGAUCACAUUAAAA